AUGCAACUUCGUACUCCCCCUGAAAAUAAUGACUCGGGAUUUGAAAUAGGCGUCUCUCCCAACAGCUCGUCGCUCGUCGUGGUCUCCAUCUCGGCGGCGCCCAAGGUGAUUCCCGCCCUGCUCGGCCUGCUCGGCGGUAUCUUCGGCGUUGCUAGCGUUGUCGGCCCGGUCCUCGGCGGAGCUUUCACCGAUCGGCUGACGUGGCGAUGGUGCGCUCGAGUAAUUAUGGUGGUGUUACCAAGCCGAUCAACUUCUCAUUCUUCCCCCUUGGCUUACAAUCUCCCCAUCUACUUCCAGGCGGUUAACAGAGUGUCUCUGCUGGAAAGCGGCAUCCGGUUGCUCCCGACCAUCCUGCCCAUGACCUGCGCCCUACUGGUCGGGUGGUAUCAGCCGUGGCUGAUGACGGGCGCCUCGCUUGCCGCCGUGGGUGCCGGACUGAUUUACAUGCUGGGUAAUUAUCAACUCGAACACCUCCGGCCGUCAGUCAUCGCCAACGCCAUCACGCCCAAGGGGGACAACAGCAUUGCCAUGUCGAACAUCCUCUUCUUCCAGUUCAUCGGCGGCACCCCGGGCGUCGGCAUGGCCCAGUCCAUCCUCAACAACGGCCUCAUCCGCAGCUUCCCCCAGUUUGCUCCCGGCGUCACCACCGCCGAGGUCCUGAGUGUCGGCGCCUAUUACGACCUCCAGACCGUAUUCUCGGGAGACAAGCUCCUCGGCGUCCUGAGGGCUUACGUGGCCGGUCUCCAUCAUGCGUGGAUCCUGAGCAUUGCGGGGGCAGCCGUUCCCGUUUGCUUCCCGCUGAUCGGGGCUUUUGUCAAGCUGUCCAGGUUCUCGCCAAAGAGCUGGGAGGAGCUAGGAGGAUAAGGCGUAGGUCUGAGAGAAUCCGUUAAAUACCAACUCGAUUGCGAGUAAUUAUCAAAGUCGACGUUUGGAUUGAUCAAGCUAGCUUGGGGGUGAACUAAUUAAUAUUGUAGUCAUUUAGACUAUAGAAUGAUCGUUCGAGGCAUCUUUCGAUCAAGGCUUGUGUUACCUAUCAAUUAAUUAUCAAUGAGUAGUUAGCCGUCACAUUAACUCCGAUUAAUUAAUAGUCUGGCUUGAUCCUUACCCCCCUUUUUUUUCUUGUUUGUUUUCUAACCCGUUAUUCGAGC